CGCGCGCGCCGCUCGACCCGGAAGCGCUUGGCGCGCGGCACGGCUGGGCGCUAAGAUGGCGGCGGCGUGAGUUGCAUGUUGUCGGAAGAUCAAGGGGCCGCCGCGUUGCUCGGGCCCCGCCAUGGCUGUCACCAUCACGCUCAAAACGCUGCAGCAGCAGACCUUCAAGAUCCGCAUGGAGCCUGAUGAGACGGUGAAGGUGUUGAAGGAGAAGAUAGAAGCAGAGAAGGGCCGUGAUGCUUUCCCAGUGUCUGGACAGAAACUCAUCUAUGCUGGCAAGAUCCUGAGCGAUGACGUCCCCAUCAGGGACUAUCGUAUUGAUGAGAAGAACUUCGUGGUUGUCAUGGUGACCAAGGGCAAAGCUGGCCAGGGUACCCUGGCACCCCCAGAGAUCUCCCCCACUGCUGCCCCAGAGCCCUCUGCCCCCUUCCAGCUGACCUCUGCCCCAGGCAUGUCUCACCCAUCACCUGCCACCAGAGAUGACAAGAGCCCAUCAGAGGAGUCAGCUCCCACAGCGUCACCAGAGUCAGUGUCAGGCUCUGUUCCCUCUUCAGGUAGCAGCGGGCGAGAGGAAGACGCAGCCUCCACGCUAGUGACGGGCUCUGAGUACGAGACGAUGCUGACGGAGAUCAUGUCCAUGGGCUAUGACCGGGAGCGUGUGGUGGCCGCCCUGAGAGCCAGCUACAACAACCCGCACAGGGCCGUGGAGUACCUGCUCACGGGAAUUCCGGGCAGUCCUGAGCCUGAACACGGUUCCAUCCAGGAGAGCCAGGCAUCUGAGCAGCCAGCCACAGAGGCAGGAGAGAACCCCCUGGAGUUCCUACGGGACCAGCCACAGUUCCAGAGCAUGAGGCAGGUGAUCCAACAGAACCCUGCACUGCUGCCGGCCCUGCUCCAGCAGCUGGGCCAGGAGAACCCUCAGCUGUUGCAGCAAAUUAGCCGGCACCAGGAGCAGUUCAUCCAGAUGUUGAACGAACCCCCUGGGGAGCUGGCAGACGUCUCCGACGUGGAGGGGGAGGUGGGCGCCAUGGGCGAGGAUGCUCCACAGAUGAACUACAUCCAGGUGACGCCGCAGGAGAAGGAGGCCAUCGAGAGGUUGAAGGCCUUGGGCUUCCCCGAGAGCCUGGUGAUCCAGGCCUACUUUGCGUGUGAGAAGAACGAGAACCUGGCAGCCAACUUCCUCCUGAGUCAGAACUUUGACGACGAGUGACCCUGGCUGGGAGCCAGGUGGCCCACUGCCCCACCCUGCCCUGCUCCACAAAAGUUUUAUAAAAGAAAAAAUAUAUAUAUAUUCAUCUUUAUUUAAGAAGUGAAAAGAAAGUCAAAAGCCUUUUUAAAAAAGCCAGCCUAGCGUCCUACCCUCUUCAAUAGCCCGCUCCAUCCCCGGUCUUCGAGGAUCCAGACCAGACAGCUGUCCCCAUCCUCCCAGCCCAGCCUGCUCGGAGUAGCUGGCAGGGCCAAGAGGCGACAGAUGGGCCCCUCUUGGCUUCUGUCCCAGCUCCCUCAGCCAGAUGGAGAGGCGGCUGUUUGCUCCCCACUGUGCCGUCCUCCAAGAUGAGGGGAAACUGGAGCCCAAAACUUUGAUCCUGUCAGAGUGGCCCGUCUCCUUCCAUCUGGGGCAGUCCGAAAGGCCCCUCCCUAGUCUGGCCUCUGCCUCCAGCCUCGGGGCCAGGCAGGCACCACAUCCGCUCUGGAGGCCAAGGCCCUCCCCAUCCUGAACAGAACCGUGUCUCUGAUAAAGGUUUUGAAGUGAAUAAAGUUUUAAAAAUGA